UGAUCGGCUGCCUUUUUGGCUCGUCUCCUACCAGACGAACAGACUCGGUGUAAAGAUACUUCAAUUCGAGGUAAGAACGGCCCGGGGUGCCGUGGGGUAGGAGGCAGGUGAGCAGAGAACGUCGACAGACGCUGUCUGAUCGCUCAGCAAAGACCGAAGGGAUAUAUACACGAACACCGCGGGACCCCCUUACUAGUCUGUGGGGUACGAGAAACCCCUCUACUGUUCGCUCAUCAGUAUCGGUACACCACCAUCACUUCAACUAUGACGACUCCAUACAACCAUCACGACGAGAAGAAACUCUCGACCGAACACCUCGAAGGUGGCAUCCACGCUGACGAUGUGGAGAACGCGCUCGAUGACAAGCACGUCGAGGGCGGCAAGAAGAAGGGAGUCAACACGCAACUAGACGAUGCUGCCGCUCUUUUGGCCGCACACGGUGGGCAUAUCGAGUACACUCCCGAGGAGAACAAGCGGGUGUUGCGGAUGGUCGAUCUUUACGUCUGCGUACCGAUGUGUCUGGUCUACUGGCUGCAGCAGCUCGACAAGUCCAGUGUAUCUUACGCUGCCGUGUUUGACCUCCGAGAAUCGACCGGUCUCGUCGGGACGCAAUACUCGUGGCUGUCCUCAGGCGUUUACGUCGCUCAAUUGGUCUUCCAGCCACUGAGUAGUUACGCCUUGAUCGUCUUCCCUGUGAAAUACUGGGUCAUGUUCAACUUUACGGCUUGGAGUAUUUGUACCGCUGCUACCGCCGCCGCCACCAACUUUACCGGUCUCAUCAUCUGUCGGAUCCUCUUAGGAAUGUUUGAGGCAACGAUUCUCCCCUCGUUCAUUCUCGUAACGCAAAUGUGGUGGACUCGACGAGAACAAUCGUACAGGACCAUCGCAUGGCAAGUCGCCAACUCCAUGGCGGCCAUCCUGGGACCCCUCCUGUCUUACGGUGUCGGCCACGCCAAGACCGGGUUGAAGCCUUACCAAAGCAUCUUCCUCUGUCUGGGUCUCGUCUCCCUCGGCCUGACCUCAGUGGUCUGGUGGCUCAUGCCCAACUCGCCUACGACCGCCAAGUUCUUGAAGAACGGUAACGACAGGUUGAUCGCCAUCGAGAGGUUGAGGGAGAACAACACCGGAACCAAGUCUUCCAAAUGGCAAUGGUACCAGGUCAAGGAGACUUUUAUCGACCCCAAGACCUGGCUCUGGGCUGCGAUGUAUGUCUGCUGUGCCACCCCGUCCGGUGGAUUCGGAGCUUUCGGAGGGAUCAUCACCAAGGGUCUCGGUUUCACCUCUUUCAAAGCCAUCUUGAUGCAAAUCCCUACCGGGGCGCUUCAGAUCGUCACCUUGCUGCUCGGUAUCUGGAUCACCAACAGGUUCAAGAUGCGAUGGCCCGUACUUGCCUUCCUCUGUUUGCCUCCUAUCGCUGGUGCCACCGGUCUGCUCAAGGUCCCCCGGGACCAGCCCAACGAUUUGCUCGGAUGUUAUUACGUUGCCAUGCUUCUCGGUGCUUUGCAACCCCUUCUGUAUACGUGGGCCAACUUGAACGCUGCUGGGUCUACCAAGCGGGUUGUCACCACUGCCAUCAUGUUCGUCUUCCAGUGUGUCGGUAACAUCAUCGGACCCCAAGUCUACCUGGCGAAAGAGAACCCCUACUACUUUACCGGUCUCAAAGUCGACAUCGCCUGCUGGGCCUGCCUCUUCGUCCUCAUCCUCACCCAAGCCGCCUACCUGACCUACCUGAACAAGAAGAAGGAGAAGCAGAGGGCCGCCCUCGGUCUGCCUACCGACCUGAAGGACAUCUCGCUCAUGUCCAGUGCCGAAGCUGCCGCUUACAAGAUCGAGCUCAAGGAGAUCUUGCGGGCUCAAGGGUUCGAUGAGAACAAGCUCAACGAUUCUGCCUUUGGGGAUCUGACCGAUUGGGAGAGUGGUACGUUCUUGACAUCGGACUAUUAACAAUCCAUGCUAACCCAUCACAUUGCCUUGCUUCCGAUAGUGCAUUUCCGAUACGUCAUCUGAUCGUCGUUCUGGCCUGCUUUCUAUAUUCGGACUUCUUUAAAUAACUUUGGUGAAAGGCUUCAAAUCGAUUGCGGUUGUACAGUAUAUUACACUCUUCGUCAAAAUAUGUCAGACGGGAAAAAACGAAAGAUUUGCUUUGG